UCUGGACACCGGUGGCCACCCUGCCCCUCCCCGGCAAGGCGGGGCCGCCCCGGCACUGACCGCUCAAGGCGCAGUGGCUGGAAGAAGCGGAAGCGGAUGAAGUCCCCGGCGGCAGGCGUGAAGGCCCAGAAGAAGUCCUCACGCAGCAGACGGGCUGAUAGGAGCUCUCCGGCACCAUGAAAGACGAGAUAGCUCUCCUGGCCACUGUCACCCUCCUCGGAGUCCUGCUGCAAGCCUACUUCUCCCUGCAGGUGAUCUACGCCAGAAGAGCCUUCCGCGUGUCGCCGCCGCUCACCACUGGUCCGCCGGGAUUCGAGCGCGUCUACCGAGCCCAGGUGAACUGCAGCGAGUACUUCCCGCUGUUCCUCGCAGCGCUCUGGGUCGCCGGCAUCUACUUUCACGAAGGUCUGCGCGCAGGGCAGGGGCACAGGGCAGGGCGGCCCGGCCACGCCCCCGCACUCACCGCGUGCCCUCUGGCAGGCGCCGCGGCCCUCUGCGGCCUGGUCUACCUGUUCGCGCGCUUCCGCUACUUCCACAGCUACGAGCGCUCGGCGGAGCUCAGGCUGGCCCCGAUGUACCAGAGCGCGGGUGCGCUCUGGCUGUUGAUCGCGCUGGGGGCGCUCGGCCUGCUCUCGCACUUCCUCCCGGCCCCGCUGCGCGCCGCGCUGCUUGGCUGGCUCCGGACGCUGCUGCCCUGGGCCUGAGACCCGGUCUGCCAGACUGAGGAACACCAGCGCCUCCUGGAGAGGGGAGGGCAGUCCUCCUCUGCCGCCAGGAGUCUUAUUAAAGUUCCCCUAACUGGACUUCUGCACUCCGGCUGCUUUCUCUGGGGCACAGACGACUGCGCACAGCCUGCUGCAGAGCCUAGAAGGGCUGCAGCAGUCUGGCAGGCUUCAUGGAGGCGGCGUCAAGAAGAAAAGAAGUCUCCUGGGGGUGCUUCUGCCUUGCUCUCAGUGCCUGCUCCUUCUCAGGCGCUCUCCUCACCUGGCCCCUUCCUCUCGCCUUGCCUGCCAACCUUCAGCCACCCUAGUCCCUGCCCUCAUGAGUGACACCAGCCUGUCACUCUAAGUGACAGGGCCUCUCAAAGGACAGGCCCCUGCAGGACGGGGAACAGCUGGGGCUUGGGCUGUUAGGGUGAUGACAUCAGGUGCUCAGGGGGCAGGGAGGCCUCGGGAACCUGGCCCUGGAGGCAGGGCAGCCCAGAGUCUCCAGCCGAACAGAACCGGGACAGUGGCACAGAGCGCAGGGAGGGGGCUGCCGCCGGGAGCACUCCUAUUAGAGGCACAGGCUUCAUUAACCCUUUAUUACAAGUCACGCUCUUAUAGAAGUAUAUGUGGACUUACGUGAAAAAAUCAAAUGUAUCCAAGAAUAAAAAACACAGCACAUAAAGUAGUA